AUGGCCGAGCCUAAUUCACGAGCAGCCACCAUGUCAGUUCCAGAGCUCGAUGCUCCUCCAGCGUUUGAGAUCGAAGCUGGAAACUCUCUGCAGGAGUCCUUUUCAAAAGAUUCGAAAAAUGCGCUUCCUGGUGUAGAGCAAGGCCGAAUUGUACCAGAAACAGCGGGGGUGACGGCAUUGCCCACGUUAAUCAAGUCAGACGAAGACCUGCGUAACGUUAACACAGGUCCGUCUGAUCCUACACUGUGGCCAAAAUGGAAAAAACGACGAGUCUUGUUCGUCGUCUGCGCCUAUUAUUUUCUCUUCACUUUCAUCACAACUGUCACUGUUCCCACUUUUAACGACCUUCAGACAUAUUUUGUUAUAAGUUAUGAACAGGUGACGUAUACGGUGGCGGUCCCUGCUUUGGCCCUCGCAGUUAGCCCAUUCUUCUGGACACCGCUGGCGGAGGCACUGGGUAGACGGACGGUCAUGAUCUUGGGUUGCCUAGUCGCCACUCUCGCGAGCCUUGGUGUUGCUCUCGAGACUACUUAUAAAGGAUAUAUGGCGUUUCGUUUCCUGCAAGGAUGGGGUGUUGGUCCUGCAAGUACUGUAGGCUUACAGAUGCUCGAGGACAUAUAUCUUGAACAUGAACGUGGUCAGAAAGUUGGAUACUGGUGCUUGUCAAUAGAUAUAGGUUUGCUUUUUGGUCCAUUGAUUGGUGGAUUAGCUGCCCUUGCGUCCUGGAACUUCCCGAAUUGGCUCACAGUCAUAAUUUUCGGCGUUUUGUUUUUAAUAAUGUUAAUAUUUCUCCCCGAGACUGCAAGCUACCCAAUUCAGCCCCCGCAAUACAGUGCCCAACCACCUACAUCAUCUCAACAAGCUUUGCCUACUAAAGCGCUCCCUUGGUUGAAUUUUCGAACACUCUUGACCCGUCCCAAGCCAUGGGAUAGCACGCUUCAUUUCUUGCGACUGUUUGCGUUCCCGAAUAUUACCAUUACGAUAAUCUUUUACUGUUGGGCCUGGUACUGGUUUAUUCUAUGCGUUAUUACAAUGCUUCCGGGGGCAUAUCCUGAUUAUAAUCCUCAAGUCCAAGGACUUCUAUUUCUUGGGUUUAUUGUGGGUACAUUGAUUUCUGAGAUGCUGUUCUCUGGGGGGCUUUCGGACUACCUGGUUCAACGUGCCAUGCAAAAGACCAAUGGAGAACGUGUUCCGGAAAAAAGACUGUUGCUUUGGUUUCCUGCAGCAUUGCUAACUACAAUUGGGCUGGUUCUCUUUGGGUGCACUGUGCAACUCAACUGGCAUUGGUUUAUCGCACAAAUUGCAACUUUCCUCAUCGGAACGGGUAUUCAGAUAGGAAAUACGACUACGAUAUCUUACGUGGUCGAUGUUUAUCCUCAACACGUCAUGGACGUGACCUUGUUUUACACCUUUCACCUUAACUUAUCGGCGUUUGCUUCGCCCUUCUUCAUCGUUCCAUGGAUCGAACGGAUUGGAUGGGCAUGGUGCUUCGGAGCACAGGGAGCGAUGGUUACUGCAAGCUGCUUGAUCUUUGCCCCAUUCCUUUAUAUGUACGGAAGGUGGCUACGAGACUGGAAAGGACCAAUCCCAUGGGGAAAUGCGUUGGGAAAACACGAACAGCUUAAAACCAACCAGUGCUUGAUUUGA